AUGCCGCUCUUCCAGGCCAGCAAGCUUCCUUUCUUCCUACACAUCGCCAUCGAGACGGCCUCCGCCUGCUCUUUCAUCUUCAACCCCGCCAGCCAGCUCCCAGACCCGUCUCCCGCCACCCGACUGGUGCUGCAGUCGUUUGGCGGCCUGCUGCUUAGCACGAACCUGGUAUGCCUCGCCUUCGUCGCGCGGCCAUUUGACGAGACGACCAGGCGAGUGGCGGCGGCGUUGGCAUUUUGGCACGCUUGGCCGUGCUGGCGCGCCUAUGUACGGCUGGCGAGGCCCGUGGUGGAUGGGACGGGCAAGGAUAAGCACAAGGGCGAGUUAGUGAAGAAGACGCUUGGUGGGCCGGGUGUUCAUCUAGCAGUACAUGUUGGGAUGUUCGUGUUAUUCGCCGGGGCCGCGCUUGUCGGAUAA